CCUAAUGCAGUAAAUUUCUGAACAAUUUUUUCGGUAACAAGGAAAGUUAAAAGCGGUUCUUAUGGAAGUAACUUCGUCUACGCCGAGCAGCGCAGCAACAGCAUUAGAUAUUUUAUUAGAAAAUUCAAUCGAACGGUAUAUAUGCUCGGGACAAUGGAUAAGCCCGUAUCAUUUGCAUGCCAAAGAUGUUUACGACCAAUAGUAUUAGAUGAAAAUUUCGACACAAUAAGUGAACAUACAAAGGCUGAAUUGAUGUUACCCAUUUAUGAUGGCAAUGUCAAUACGAUAGAUACUCAAGACACAAGCAGCUUUGAUCAUUUUGUACCCCCUUAUCGUUUGAUGGACUCAAUUAAUGGCACAGGAUUUAUGUUAGUUUCCGAUCGCAGGGAUAAUAAAAAGUGGAGUGCUGCGUUUAAAUUGAAAGCAGAACUAUUUGAUUUUCUUUCAUCGAAUUCAGAAAUAGAUCAUCCGCUUUGUGAAGAAUGUGCCGAAUCUAUGCUAGAAAUUAUGGAUAGAGAAUUAAAAGUAGCAGAAGAAGAAUGGAGUGAUUACAAAAAUUAUUUGAAAAAAUUAGAACAGCAACAAAAACUUCCGAACGUAACAGAAUUGGAAAAAGAAUUAAAUGAACUAAAAGAAAGUGAACAAAAGCUUCUGGCAGAACUGUCUGCGUUGAAAGACGAAGAAAAUGCUUUAAAUCAAUCAAUUGAGCAGGAAGAGAAAGAAAAACGAGAAUUGCAAGAACAGGAAGCUAGUUAUUGGCGUGAAUAUACCAAACAUAGAAGAGAGCUAAUGUUGACCGAAGAUGAUAAGCGUAGUUUAGAGUGCCAAAUAGCUUAUGCCGAGCAACAAUUAGAAAAAUUGAAAGACGCGAACAUAUUUAACAUAACAUUUCACAUAUGGCAUGCUGGACACUUUGGCACUAUUAACAAUUUCCGUUUGGGCCGUUUACCAUCAGCUUCAGUAGACUGGUCGGAAAUUAAUGCAGCUUGGGGACAAACAGUUUUAUUGUUGUGUGCAUUAGCUCGCAAGAUUGGGCUGACAUUUGAACGUUAUAAAAUAGUUCCUUUCGGAAAUCAUUCUUAUGUUGAAGUUUUAAAUGAGAACAAAGAGUUACCUUUAUAUGGAACAGGGGGAUUUAAAUUUUUUUGGGACACAAAAUUUGAUGCAGCUAUGGUAGCCUUUUUGGAUUGCCUUACACAAUUUCAACAAGAAGUAGAAAAAAGAGAUCCAGAAUUUUUGCUGCCUUACAAGAUGGAAAAAGGAAAAGUUAUUGAUCCAUCCACAGGAACGUCGUAUUCCAUAAAAAUACAGUUCAAUUCUGAAGAACAGUGGACAAAAGCCUUGAAAUUUAUGCUAACCAAUCUGAAAUGGGGUUUAGCCUGGGUGUCUUCACAAUUCGCCAGUCAGUAAAACAAUAAGCUUUGUUCGGUUUUAGUUUAUUUAAAAUAUAAAUGGCAUUAAAUGUUCAUAUGCCAACGGAAGGUGA